AUGAAACAGCUGAUAACUGACCUGAGCUCAGUGGUGAAGGUGGAGGCAGGUGUGACUGAUGUAACGUCUGAGCUUCACUUCCUUCACUCUCGAGUUCGUCAGCUGGAGAAAGAAAAGGCCGAACUGACCGCUGAGAACCAGAGACUGAAGAGCAUGCUGGUCCAGGAGAUCCCUGGGCUCCUGUCCUCCAUGUGGCAGACCCUGGGCCAGGUCAACGGUCAUCACUCCGUCUCCACGGAAACGGGCAGCUACGCCGCGUACUCGCAUCAGCACCACACGGCGGCCAAUCAGGACGCAGACUUCAGCCCGCUGGUCCAGGUCCCGCCCCUCGGACCGGACGACCUCAGCAUGUCUGAGUUCUGCUGUCCGCUGGGCUCCGAGGAGGACGGGGGGGGGCCGGACCACAUGGGGGGGGGGCUGGACCACAUGGGGGGGGGGCCGGACCACAUGGGGGAGGAGGCGCCGCUCUGCAGUCAGACGGACAUGGAGGAGCUGAGGAGGAGCUGCUCAGAGAGUCAGUGCACCGCCGGAGACGCCAACGACCACGUGAGCCAGGUGGAGGUGUAUCCCGGUUCUGGCGUUCUCUGUGAUGUCCGUUCGUGGCAGGCAGCCAAUCAGGCGCAGUCUCCCACGGCGAUGGCGCGGACGCUGCUGCUGGGCGUGUUUGAUAUGAACACCUUGAUGAACAGUAACCUGAGAGGCGGGCGGAGCCGCAGGCCGGCCUUCCAACCACAGCGCAGCGCACUCAACCCGCACAAGAUCAACGCCAUCUUCAACGCCAUCUUGGCUCGGUUUCCUCUCGCUAAGAAAGGCGUCAUCGGCUCCGGCAUCAACUCCAAACUGUCCGAGAUCCGGUUUCGCUCCCGGAGAGCCAAUCGUGACCCUCGGUUCCUCUGA